AUGAUGAACUUGAGGCUCCUUCGGCAGCAAUGCCUUCGCACAAAGCCAUCUCUGGCCAGCCGUGUCACCACCAGGACAUUUGCUUCUCAGUCAGAUCUUCUCGGUGCCAACCUCGAGCAAGGCGACCCUGAGAUCCACGCCAUUCUCAAGCGUGAAGAGAAGCGCCAGAACCACUUCAUCAACCUCAUUCCCUCCGAAAACUUCACUUCGCGAUCCGUUCUCGAUGCUCUAGGUAGUGUUAUGCAGAACAAGUACUCCGAGGGUUAUCCUGGCGCACGAUACUAUGGUGGUAAUGAACACAUCGAUGAGGCAGAGCGUCUGUGCCAAAGACGUGCCCUCGAGACCUUCCGACUUGACCCUGAGAAAUGGGGUGUCAAUGUUCAGCCCCUCUCUGGAUCCCCUGCCAACCUCUACGCCUACUCUGCUAUCCUCAACACUCACGACCGUAUCAUGGGCCUUGAUCUUCCCCACGGAGGUCAUCUCUCCCACGGCUACCAGAUCCCAAACAAGAAGAUCUCCAUGGUCUCCAAGUACUACGAGACCUUCCCCUACCGAUUGAACGAGGAGACUGGUCUGAUCGACUACGACAAGCUUCGCGAGAACGCUCUUCUGUACCGUCCUAAGGUUAUCGUCGCUGGCACAUCCGCCUACUCCCGCCUGAUCGAUUAUGAGCGCAUGCGUGCUAUCGCCGAUGAGGCUGGUGCUUACCUUCUGUCUGAUAUGGCUCACGUGUCUGGUCUUGUCGCUGCUGGUGUUAUUGGAACACCCUUUGAGGAUUCCGAUAUCGUUACCACCACCACCCACAAGUCCCUUCGUGGACCUCGUGGUGCCAUGAUCUUCUACCGCAAGGGCGUUCGAAGCACAGACAAGAAGGGCAAGCAGAUCAUGUAUGAUCUUGAAGGCCCUAUCAAUGCUUCAGUUUUCCCCGGUCACCAGGGUGGUCCUCACAACCACACCAUCACCGCUCUCGCUGUUGCCCUUCGCCAAGCUCAGACACCCGAGUUCAAGCAGUACCAAGAAAAGGUCCUCGAGAACUCACAAGCUCUGGCCAAGCAACUCUCUGAGGGUCUGGGCUACAAGCUCGUCUCAGGCGGUACCGAUAACCAUCUCGUCCUCGUUGACCUCAAGCCCAAGGGUGUUGACGGCGCGCGUGUCGAACGUGUUCUCGAGCUCGUCGGCGUUGCCAGCAACAAGAAUACUGUUCCCGGUGACCGCUCCGCCCUCAAGCCCGGUGGCCUUCGUCUCGGAACACCCGCCAUGACAACGCGGGGCUUCAAUGGCGAGGACUUCAAGCGCGUGGCUGAUAUUGUGGACCGCGGUGUGCAGAUCACUCUAGCGGUUGAUAAAGACGCCCGCGCGGCUGCUGAGGCCAAGGGUGCUAAGAACCCCGGUACCGUGAAGAACUUUUUGGAGUUUUUGGGUGAUGGAUCUAAUGUCAAGGAGAUCAAGGCGCUACGAGAUGAGGUCGCUGAGUGGGUUGGAGGGUUCCCCCAGCCCUGGCUCAAGUCAUGA